UUGAAAAUCCCGCUAGUCAUCUCUGUGACCUUGGAAAACAGUCGUGGUGAUAGAACAGAGCAUUUAAUUAUUUAUUUAUUUUUUUUUUCAAUACGGACUCAAACUGUAUGAGAUAUAAUACUAUGUUUAAUCUCUAAUACUGUAAUGCGCGGCUGAUGACAAUGAGGCUGGACACCGAGAACCAGUCAGCUUGGGGCACCUCCACCAUGACUUGUGACGACUCCUCCAGCUUCUGCGCCCUGGUCAAGAAUGUCACCAUGGCCGCCAGUGCCUUUAUUGGCCAGCAGAUGGACCUCCUGUCUGGGUGGGUGUGGUCGCUGGUGUUCCCGGCGCUGCUGGUGGUGGUGGUGCUGCCCUGCAUCAUCCUCCUCCUCCUCUACUUCUCCGCCUUUCUCCUCUACGUCUUUCAAAGGAGACGGACUCUCCUCCACGUCCUACAUGAGUCCUUGGAGCACCGUGACCCUUGGGCUGGCGGCCGCUACCUCAUCUCACUCAUCUGGGACGCUCAUGGCUAUAUCUGGCAUGGAUAUGAAGUGUGUGGUCUGGACAACCUGCCUGAUAGGGGUCGUUGCCUCAUCAUCUACUACCACGGUGCCAUCCCUAUCGACAUCUAUUACCUGGUGGCCCGGAGCAUCAUCGUGAAGGGCCGCCUCAUUCACUGUGUGGGCGACAGGUUCCUGGAGAAAGUCCCCGGUUGGAAGGUGAUCUUGGAGGCGUUUGACAUCACCGCUGGCACAAUCAGCUCCUGCAUCAAGACACUUUCAGAGGACCACAUCCUGAGCAUCUCUCCGGGGGGUGUAAGGGAGGCACAGUUCUCUGACCACAACUACCAACUGCUGUGGGGCAACCGAACGGGCUAUGCUAAAGUGGCCCUGGGUGCUAAUGCUCCCAUCGUGCCAGCCUUCACAGAGAACAUUCGCGAGGCUUUCCGAGUGGUUGCCUGGCCCCAGCGUCUGUGGGUCACCCUGUAUGAGAAGCUAAGAUUCCCCUGCGCUCCCAUCUAUGGCGGCUUUCCUGUCAAGCUGAGGACUCACCUGGGGGAGCCUAUAUACCCAAAGGCCGGCGAGACCCCCGAGGAACUGGCCGAGAGAAUACAAGAGAGUCUGGCGCUGAUACGGGAGAACCAGAGGCUGCCGGGCCGAAUCCUCAGAGCACUCUUGGCCAGGGUGUAUGAGGCCCCCAAGCAGCACUAGUGAGGCUCUGUGGUCCCUGGUGAUGAGAGGGAAAGGUGUGGUGAUGGGGUGUUGUGUAGUGUUGUGAUGAUGUGUUUGUCAGGGAAGAGAGAGAGAGAGGAGGGGGGGGUGUUAUGGAGAGAAACAGAAAGAGAGAGAGAGAGAGAGAGAGAGAGAGAAGAAGGAUUAGUCACUCUCAUAUUAGAAGUAUUGUUUCUAGUGCAGGAGAGGGAAGAGAAUGCUGGGUAAUAUUGGUCUCAUCUGUCAGAGAGAGAGAAAGAGAAGAAGAAGAAGGAUUAGUCACUCUCUCAUAUUAGAAGAGGCAUUUUUGGUCCAGGAGAGAGAAGGAAGGAAAGAGAAUGCUGGGUAAUAUUGGUGUUGUCUGUGAGGGAGAGAAUUGGACACACUGACAGGGGGACAUGAAGUGGUGUUGUCUGUGGUGGAGGUGGUGUUGUUUGUGGUGGUGCUGGUGUUGCUCUCACUGAUCUACUUAAAGCAUAAUUGUUCCUACACUAACCAAAAUGACUGAAAGGUGUGUGUGUGUUUAUUUUUUUUAUUUUUUAUUUUUUUAUUUAUUUUUUUUUUUUUUUUUUUACGUAGGGAAGAGGGCCAGCCAAGGGCAAAAAAAAGAAAGUUAGAAAAA